AUGAGUUAUGCUGAUUUUGGAUAGAAUAUUAUAGAUAAUGAAAUGAAAGAAGUAUAAUAGAAGGCUCAAGACGGUUGGGAUAUCGAAGAAGAAGAUUUUCCUUCUGAUCAUGGAAAUUAAGAUCAGCAGUAAUAAUUAAACAAUUUUAGAGAUUAUCCAAAUUAAAAUUAAAAAAAUAAUGAUUGGGAAAUUGAUGAUGAUAUUGAUGAUCUUACUUAAACACAAGCAGAAAGUUAAUUAAAACAAGAAUAAUAAACUAAAUUUUAAUAAGAUGAAUAAAAAUCUCCAGAAUAAAUAGAUAUGUGGGGAAAAUUUACAAAUACAGUCUAAUAAAGUUAAACAAUUGAAAAACUAAUUAAAGAAAGUGCACCAUAAAAAAUAAAGCAAACUUUUUAAAAUCUAUUUGGAUCGUAAAAUAAUGGAUCUAAUAAUAUUAUUAUUACAUAAGAAUAAACAUAAAAUAGUAAAGUUUUUGCUAGUGUUUAAUAAGUAAUUGAUAUGAAGAAAUUAUUUGAACUUGAAAAGUAAGCAUUAUUAUAAUUUAGAUCUGAACUUGAAGAUUAAAUGAAAUUAAGAAGAAUCUAAGAAUAGAAUGAAUUAAAAGAGUAAAAAGAGGAAUUAGAAAAUAAAAUAAAACAAUUCUAAAUAGAGAAGGAAUAAUUCAAUUAAUAAUUAAAGGAAGCUAAAUAAUUAUUUAAAUUAACUGAGCUCAUAGAACCUUAAGAUAAUCAUGAAUAAAUUAUAUGUAAAUUAAUCAAAGAGAAUGAAAACCUUAAUAAUGAUAUAACUAAACUAAUAGAAACUUAAGAAAAAUAAAUAAAUGAUUAUGAAGAUAAUAUUGAAUAAAUGUAAUAAGAAAUGGAGUAUUACAAAAACCAGUUCAUAAAAUAUUAAACAAAAUAUUAAAAUACAAAAGAAAAAAUUAGAUUAGAGAUUCCCAAAAUUUAAAAUUAAUUAAUGAAUAUUAAAAAAUUAGAAUUAAAUACAUAAGUUACUAAUAAAUUGACAUAAUUUUAGAAAUAUUAUAAUACAAAAUAAUAGGAUUUAUUAUAAUAUACAUUAUAAACAACUUCUAAAUAAUCUAAAUAAAUAAGUUCACUUAAAGAAGAUAAUAUAAAAUUGAUGUAAUAAAUUGAUGAAUUAGAUGAAUUAAAAGAUGAACAUUAAUCAAGUUUAUAUAUAAUCAAAUAAUUGAGAGUUUCAGAGGAUAAAUUAAUAGAAGAAAAUGAAAGACUUUAAAAUCAAAAUUAGGAUAAAGAGAAUUAGAACUUUGAACUUUAAAAUAAAUUAGAUAAUUUGAAAAGAGAAUAUGAUUAAGAGAAAUUUAAUUUAAAUCAAUUAAUAUCAUAAUUAUAAUCAUAAAUAGAUUAAUUCAAUAGAAAUUAUGUUGAUAAAUUAAGUAUUAAAAAAUUAGAAGAUUCUUUGGCAAUUAUAUAAGAGGAAAAAAAUACAUUAUUAAGUAGUUUAGAAAAUAAAGAAACACAAAUAAUAGUUUUAGAAUAAUAAAUUUAAGAAUUAAAUGAAGAAUUUACUAAGUAAUAGAAUAUAGAUUCUAAUGAUAUAUGGAAGUAAGAAGAUAGAGGUUGGGAAUUAGAUGAUUCUUUUUAGAGAAAAUAUGAUGAAUGUAAUUUAUAUAUUAAUUUUAUAGUGGAAUUAUAAAUGAUUUAAUAUAGAAAUGAAAAUCAUGAAUUAAAAUAUUAAUUAAAAGAAAUGGAAGUUAGAAUGCUAUAAUAACAACAUAAGUAAGAAGCAUAAGUUGAAUAAAUGCAUUAAUUAUAAAUGUGUUUAGUUGACACAGAAUAUUAGAAAAACUUUUAAAAUGCAGUAUAGUAUUAAAUUAAUUAAAAUAUUUAAGAUAAGAGAGAAUUUAAGAAUUAGAAGAAUAAAUUUCUAUUGAAAAAAGAAAGUUUUCAGAUGAAGAAGAAAAGGUUAGUGAAUAAAAUUUAUAAGCUGAUGAAGAUUCUUAAAGAGCAAUAAAUCAAUUGAGAUAGAUUGAUUAUGAAGAAAAUGAAGCAUAAAGAGAAGAUGGAGCAUGGGAAUUUGAAGAUAGUCUUAAUGUUGAUAUUUAAGAAGUAUUAUAUUAUAUCAAUUAUUUUAGUAAGAUAAUGUUAAUGAAGGUGCUGGUCAAUAUUAAAAUAUUUAAUUAAAUUAAGGUUAAAAUAUUCAAUAAGAUCAUUAUGAAAAAUAAGUAGAUGAAAAUUCUGAUUUUUAAGAUGAAAUAUAAUAGAAUGAUUUCUAUAUAUAGGAUGAUUCUAAAUAAAAUGAUUAAUCAGAUAAUAAUAUUCAUCAAUAAAAUGAUUUAUUUCAAGAAUAACAAGAAUAAGAAAAUACUCAAAAUAUAGAUUAAUAAAUUAAAUAAAAUAUAGAAAAUGAUUCAGAGGAACUCUCAGAAAAGGAAGGAUUGUUAUAAAAUUAUGACGAAGAAAAUGAAGAUAAUUAUGAAAAAAUUGAAGAAAGUUAAGAUUAUGAAAUAAAUUAAGAUAAUCAAUAAAAUGAAGAAUUUUAUGAUGAAUAUUAAGAAUAAUAAUAAGAAUAGUCAGUACAUUCAUCCUAAGAUAAUCAAGUAGAUGUUUAAGAGAUGAAUUUGAAUUAAAAUAAUUUAGAUAAUAAAAAUAUUUAAGAUGAUUAUUCAGAAAUAAAAGAAGGAAGUUAAAAAUAAGAAGAAAUUUAAAAUGAAGAAGGUGAUUCUGAAUAUUAAAAUGUUGAAUAUGAAAGUUAAGAAAAUAAUGAUGAUUAAAUUUAAUAAGAUCAUUAAGAUUAAAUAUCAUCAAAUGAUUAGAUUGAAUUGCAACAAGAAGAUAAAGAAGGUGAUCAAAGGGAAUAUAAUUCUAAUAAAGAAUUCAAUUACGAAUAGGAAGGUUAAAAAGAUGAUGUUCCUUAUGAAAUAUAUUAAAAAAAUAAUGAAAAUGAUGAUUAAGUAUAAUAAUAAAGUUAAGAGGAAAAUGAUAAAGUUGAAUAAGAAUAAGAAGAUGAAUAAGAUGAUUAAUAAGAUGAAGAAUAAGAUGAAGAAUAAGAAGAUGAAUAAGCUGAUUAAUAAGAAGAUGAAUAAGAUGAUGAAUAAGAUGAUGAAUAAGAUGAUGAAUUAGGAAAUGAACAAAAAUAAGAAGAUGAAUAAUAAUAAGAAAUCAAUUCAGAUUAAUAAAAUUAAGAGGAUCAAUAAAAUAUAUAUGAAAAUUAAGAAAUAAAUUCUUAAGAAAAAGAUAUAAUCUCAUAAGAAUAAGAUCAGGAAUAGGAUAAUAAUUCAAAUAAAUCAUUAUAAUAAAUUGAUGUAGAAAUAGAUAAUUAAAUAAAUUAAUAUUAAGUUAAUGAUAAAGGAGAUAUAUAAAAAUAGGAAUAAAUUGAAAAUGAACCAUCUAACGAAGAAAUAUAUUUAAAUUAACAGAACAUUUAAAAUAAUUUAUAAAUAUAAUCUAAUAAUUAAGUAAUAAAUAAAACUGAUGAAUUAAUAAUACAAGAUAGUAAUAAUUAAAAUAAUGAAGAAAUUUAAAUAUAAAAUGAGAUUAAUAAAGAAUAAGAGUAGUUAGAAAUAUAAUAUUAGCUUGUUGUUGAGCCAAUAAGUAAUUCUAAUUUUGAAAAUUAAGUAAUAGAAAAGAGUUUAGGUGAUUUGGAUGUUUUAGAUAUUCAUAUUAAUAAUGAUUAGAAGAAGGUUGUUAUUAAUUCUUCUAAUUAACUAGAAAAAAAUUAUAAUAUUGAAAUUAAUUCUCAAAAGAAUGCUGUAUUAUCAUAAGAUCCUUCUCCAUCUUAUCAAGAGAUAGGUGUUUAAGAAAUCAUCUCAAAACCACAGUUAUUUUCAGAUCCAAGGUCUUAAGAGAAGAGUGUAAAUGAUCAAGAAGAUGAAAUAUAAAAUGAUUAAUAACAUUAUGAGAUUGAUGUAGGUUUGAAUGAAUAAAAAAUUGAUAAUUUAGAUAACAAAGAAAAUGUUAUAGAGAAUCCAGAUGAAGAAGAAGGAAAUUAAUGGAAUGUGGAUGAUGAUAUAGAUUUUGAAAAUGAAUUAGAAAAUCCAUAAGUUCAAAUAAUUGAAGAGAAAUAAAAUAAUUAAUAAAUUAUUGAACCUAAAAUAUGUGAUUCAUCAUUAAAUUAAUAAGAGAAUGAAAGAAGAAAUUAGGAACCACUUGAAAAUUGGAAAGUAAACUAAUAAUUUGAAGAAGAAACUCCUGAUGUAUAAUUUGAUGAUGAUCAAGAAAAUUAAGAAGAUUAAAGUAAUAAUAAUAAUAAUCAACCAAUUAAGAAUGUAGAAAAAUUAAGUUAAGGUUAGUUGGAUUUAUAUGAUGAAUUAGAAGAAAUUGAUCCAUGGGCAGAAUAAUAAAAAUAAGGGGAGAAUGCAGAAUCAGGUUGGGAUUUAGAUGAUAUAUGA